GGCGGCUACGGGUAAUGUGAGUACCUCCCCCUGAUUUGCCUGCCUUAGGCAACCACCCCCUCCCCGUAAAAUCCUUCCUCCACGCAAGGCACCAAGUCCCAACCCGUCCUGGGCCCAUGGACUCCGCAUUCCUCAUCCUGUGGUCAUCCGAUGCUCCACAAUCCACCUAUCCUUAAGACCGCUCAGCAAGCGCCGUCAAGGGCUUCAGAAUCACCGAAACCAGACAACCAGGGCUUAUAUACGCCCUCCACAAUCCUUUUGUUUUACCACCCAUGCCUGGCUGCAUUCCCUUCCGAAUGUUUCCUUCCCACCAGCAGCCCACCCAACCGAAGUCCAACAAAUCCCCACCCCGUGGGCCGCCGCCGAAGCAGCAGGAAGACACCUAGAAAAAAGCCGCUCAACGGUGCCGCUUAUUCCCGUCCGUCCAUGCGCCAGCCACGACCAGAAGCGGAAAGGAAACCUAGCCUGAUAACAAACUCCCAUAGCCCACGCCUGGCCGAUAAAGGCAAUUCCUCCGUCCACCAAAGCCUUCCUGCCCGAUCCGUAUGUCGUGUCGUUUCCCCGCGCCUUUCGUCGUCGUUGGGGAGAAGAAGAUUCGGGGAGCCACCCGGCUCUAUCGUGCACCCCGUCAGGAGCUGACAGUGCCGAUAAAUUGAGAUGAAAACCUGCCAAAGACUGGUGUUCGUUGAGUAGAACUGGCGUCAAAUGGGCGAACGAGCGCAGCGUAACGGCGCAGACGGCCGCGACUCCGACAUGAAUAUGAAAAAGACCCGCGAGCGCGAAAGGUGAGAGCCAGAAACAGUUCGCCGUCUACUGUGUCCACGUGACGCCGAGAAAAACCAAUGUCGAUUGGAUCGCUCGCAAGAAACACUCGUCGAAGAUCAGGCCGGUAGCCGCGCGAAAUUAGAGAUAU